UUGAAUUUGAGUGCUUUUUUAUACUUUUUACUCAGGAAUAAAGACCAAGUUUUAUUUAGUUCUAUUGGGAAACAAUGUCUACUGCAAAUGAUAAUUCUAACCGUUCGGCGCAAGAAGUUGGUUGGCUUUUUGUACGAGAGUACUGUAAUCACUUACGAGAGAAUCCUGAGACUUUGUUUCAAUUUUAUGACAAGCAAUCAAGUCUUAUUCGUGGCUUGGAGGGCGAAGAAGUUAAAAUAUGUCAAGGAGAGCAGGAAAUCAAAAAAAAUAUUACCGAAAUGCAAUUAAAAGACACAUUGAUAAAAAUCAUUAAUGUUGAUAGUCUGGAUUUUCUUGACGGCAAAGUGGUUAUUCAAGUUAUUGGAGAAAUUUCCAAUAAAGGCGAAGCUUAUAAAAAGUUUGUUCGUACCGUUAUUCUUGUCAAACAUACGGAUGACAAUGACAGAUAUUACGUUUUAAGUGAUAUAUUUCGUUAUUUGAAAGAUGAAAAUAUCAAUGUUAUUAAACAACAAUCAAUAGAUCAAGAACCAUCGUAUAUUGAAGAUGGUUUGUCCACAUUAAAUGAAGAAAAAUCAGCUAAUGGAGAAGAUACGGUUUCAUCUACAGGGACUCUUAAUGAAGAAUCGGCUCAAGAGUCAAGUCGAGAAUCAAAAGUAAUCGAAGACAAUGUCCCCGAUAUCCCGCCUACAAAAACGGAAACUCCAUCUUUAGCCAAGUCCCCGACAGAAGAUUCAAUAAAUCAAGUUGUAGAUGAAAAUUCUACCGAAAUUGAAAACUCUAAUUUAUCAGAUGUUCGUUCAAAAGUCCAGCCAAGUCCGAUCAAUGUACAAACUGAAAAGUUGGCAACUACAUCUUCAAAUGCUACCAAUCAGACAAUUUCACCUACAGAAUCACGGUCACCAUCGAAGCAUUCUACGUGGGCUAAUUUGGCUGCUAGUGAUUCCCAAAAGUGGAGUAAUUCUCAGCUUGCAGCAGAAUCUAAAGGACGAGUUGUUCAGCCACCGUUAACAAGGACACAAUCUCAACAAUCAAAUCGUGAACAUCGUGACCAGAGAGACCAGAGAGACCAGAGAGACCAGAGAGAUCAGAGAGAUCAGAGAGAUCAGAGAGAUCAGAACACAAGAAACAGCGGUAAUACUGUCAAUAAUAAAGAAUUUUCAUUAUAUGUCAAAGGAAUCAUCGAUGGAAUGAACAGAACGACGCUUGAGAAAGCAUUUUCAAAAUUUGGAGCUGUAAAAAAUGUGGAUGUUGUUAUAGCAAAGUCAUGUGCAUUUGUAGAAUUUGGCAAUCAAGAAGCUUACCAACAGGCUCUCAAUCAAAAAGAAAUUGAUGUCCCGAAUUUUGGACAUGUUGUUGUUGAAGAAAGAAAAGCAAAAUAUCAUGAUUCACGUCGAUAUGAAUAUCAUCGCAAUUCUUAUUCUCACAAUGGUAUAAACUCACAGCGUGCAAGUAGAAACGCACGCAAUAUGUCUACUCGUCCUCCUGCCAAAUCAUAAGAAUAAUGGUAUGUAAUUUACAAGUUCUUUUCUUCUUUUUUCCAUAAUAAAUUUAUCAAAUGAUGAUUUAAAGGUCUCCCUCUACUGAGCAAUUAACAAUGGUGAAAUAAACCUAUCCGGUGUUAUAUUAUUCUGAUGUGAAAAGUCAUUUAAACAAAUAUAACAGUAAUAUAAAGUAAUU